GGUGCGGCCGUCGCGACCCGUCGUAUCCCGCUUCCAUUUGCGUCACUCUCUCGGAGCAGUUCGCCCCAGAGUUUCCUCAUGUGAAAGGUCGUUUCCCGCCAGUCAAGAAUUCCAGUCUUCUUAGCCGUUGGACGUUCACGAGAGAAAGGAGAUCCACCAGAAACGCGAAAGAUGGGCCGUUACAGGAGUCGCAGCAGGGACAGGGACAGGAGGAGGAGAUCCCGGAGCCGUUCCCGUAGUCGAUCUCCACGUGACAGAAGAGGAUGGGGUGGUGGCGGUGGAAGAGACCGCGGAAACAACCGUGGAGGCCGAGGACAGCCAGGCGCAAACCUGAGAAAACCUCGUUGGGACCUCAGCAGACUCGAGCCUUUUAAGAAGGACUUCUAUGUGCCACAUGAAGCUGUACAGAACCGAGACCCAAGAGCCGUCGAACAGUAUCGAUGCGAUAAAGAGAUCACGUUGAGGGGAAAAGGCAUCCCUAAUCCUGUCUUCACAUUUGAAGAAGCAGGAUUCCCAGAUUAUGUACUAAAGGAAAUUAAGAGAUUAGGUUUCAAGGAACCUACUUCGAUACAAGCACAAGGGUGGCCCAUAGCAUUAAGUGGACGCGACAUGGUGGGAAUAGCUUCUACAGGUUCUGGCAAGACCUUAUCGUACAUCCUGCCAGCCAUUGUUCACAUCAACAGCCAACCAAAGCUCGGUCGAAAGGAUGGACCGGUGGCUCUGGUUUUGGCACCGACAAGGGAGCUUGCACAGCAAAUCCAACAAGUAGCCGAUGACUUUGGACACUCUUCAGGCAUUAGGAACACUUGUCUCUACGGAGGGGCUCCUAAGGGUUCACAAGCGAGGGACUUGGAUGGUGGAGUGGAGAUUGUCAUCGCUACUCCUGGCAGGCUCCUAGACUUUCUUGAAUCUGGGCGAACUAACCUGAAGAGAUGUACCUACUUGGUGCUGGACGAGGCCGACAGGAUGUUGGACAUGGGAUUCGAACCACAAAUAAGAAAGAUUAUCGAACAAAUCAGACCUGACCGACAGACCCUCAUGUGGUCCGCCACUUGGCCAAAGGAGGUGAAGAAUCUGGCCGAAGACUUCCUUAAGGAUUAUGCUCAGAUCAACGUUGGGUCGUUGCAGCUCGCAGCCAAUCACAAUAUUCUACAGAUCAUUGACGUCUGUCAAGAUUACGAAAAGGAGUCUAAAUUAAGCACUCUCCUAAAGGAAAUCAUGGCAGAAAAGGAGAAUAAGACUAUAGUGUUCAUCGAGACGAAGCGACGAGUUGACGAAAUAACAAGGAAGAUGAAAAGGGAUGGCUGGCCUGCUGUUUGCAUCCACGGAGAUAAGACGCAACAGGAAAGAGAUUGGGUCUUACAAGACUUCCGGUCUGGUAAAGCGCCUAUUCUUGUAGCAACGGAUGUAGCGGCGCGCGGCCUCGACGUUGAAGACGUCAAGUUCGUUAUCAACUUUGACUAUCCCUCGUGUUCAGAGGACUACGUUCACCGAAUAGGACGCACCGGACGUCGUCAGAAGACCGGCACCGCGUACACCUUCUUCACGCCCAACAACUCGAACAAGGCCAAUGAUCUCAUCCAGGUGCUUAAAGAGGCCAACCAGGUCAUCAACCCCAAGCUCCUUGAGCUAGCCGACGGGCGAGGCGGUGGCUACGGAAGACACAGAGGUGGCAGGAACAGAUGGCGCUCGCGCGGCGGCCGCGGCGGUAACGGACGGGAGCGCAGCUACUCGCGCAGCCGCAGUCGGAGCCCGAGCCGGGAGCGGAACGGCCGCGGUGGGACCCGUCGUAGCUACAGCCGUAGCUACUCGAGAAGCCGCAGCCCGGUUAACAAUCGUACAGAGGUGAUCGGCAAGAGUUACUGGAGUAGCGAGAGGUGAUCUUCCACGGGCGAUCGAUGGCGGAAUAGCUCGCAAACCGAGUCGUUGCAAUCAAAGUGAUAAGACAGUUGUAAAAUUCCGAGAGCACCGACCCUCCCCUUCCCGCCCUCGACCGGAAGUACAAGCCGAAAGAGGCGAAGAGUAUCGAGGGGAGAGAUCAGGGCGCAAAAGGAAAAGAAGACGAUCCAGAGGGGGCCAACCAGAGGAAGAACAAUAACAAGAGACACGAGGCGGCUUUUGGGGCUUCUCGGUUCUCUCUUUCUUUUUGCCCCCUCGUCUUUUGCGUUUUGGUCGCCAUUUUUACAAGCGUAUACAUGAAUUUAGAGUUAAUCGCGAGAGUGUAAGAUAACGUGUCGUCGAAUUAGAGAGAACGAGAGAGAGAAAGCUGCGUUGCUUUGACUUCCCCUCUUUAUCCAGUGUCUUUUUCUCUCCUUUUCUCUCUUCUAAUUUCUUCCUUUUUUCUUCCUUUUUUUUUUCUUCCUUUUUGUUCCCUUUUAUCUUGUCGUAGGUCCGUAUCGGGGUAUCAGUGUCUAGUGUUCACUUGCUAUUCAUUCCUUGUGUACUUUAGACAGUUAAUUAGGCGACUAUUCUUUAAUGUACAGUAUUUAACGCGCGAGUAUAACAAAUAAAAUUUGUUAGUGAUCCACGA